AUGACAGUCUUUCGGCCUACAAGUCUGUGCAAUGUUAUAUAUAAAAUAGUAGCCAAAACUAUUGCCAACUGUUUACUCAAUAUUUUUCCGCUGAUCAUUUCUGAAUCCCAAAGUACUUUUGUUCCUAGUCGGCUCAUUUUAGAUAAUAUUUUGGUGGCUUAUGAGCUUCUGCAUUCCUUAAAGAAUAGAUGGCAAGGUAGCCAAGCGUUUUGUGCCUUAAAACUAUAUAUGAGUAAGGCUUAUGACAGAGUUGAAUGGGGGUUUAUUGAAGUGAUGAUGGUCAAACUUGGGUUUCAUCCUAACUGGGUCUCCCUUAUAUUGAGAUGUGUUUCUUCUGUUAACUUCUCCAAUCUUAUUAAUGGUAAUUCCUAUGGGAGUUUUUCUCCUGGCAGAUGCCUUAGACAGGGGGAUCCCCUCUCCCCUUUUUUAUUCCUCUUUUGUGCUGAAGAUGACAGCCUGCUGUUUUGCAAGGCUAAUAUGCAAGAGUGCGAUGUCCUCCAUUCCCUUUUACAAGUUUAUGAGCGAGCCUCGGGACAAAAAAUUAAUUUUGACAAGUCGGGGGCCUUCUUUAGUGCCAACACCUGUGAAUCCAUUAGAAGAAGCAUUUCAGCCCGACUGGGUAUUAGACAAAUGACAAAUCCUGAUCGUUAUCUUGGUCUUCCAGUGAUGGUUGGGAGAGAGAAGCGAAGAUCUUUCUAUCAUCUUAAGGAAAGAGUGGUGGCGCGCAUUCGGGGAUGGAAGGAAAAAUUUCUCUCACAGCCUGGCAAGGAAACUCUUAUCAAAGUAGUGGCCCAAUCAAUCCCCACUUAUACUAUGAGCGUGUUUCGGCUUCCCAACUCUUUCUUUGAGGAACUUAUGGUAGUUUUGAAUAAAUUUUGGUGGAGGAGCAAUGGCGGAAAAGGCAUUUGCUGGGCCAAAUGGCGACAUCUGUGUCAUCCGAAGAGUAAGGGAGCCAAAUACUUUCCCAAUUGUGAUUUCAUGAGGGCGUCUGUGGGGAGCAAUCUUUCAUGGUCGUGGCGAAGUCUUUGUGAAGGGAGUGAGGUUCUGGAGAAAGGGUUAACCUGGAGGGUGGGAAAUGGGCAGGAUAUUUCUAUAUGGUUUGAUAAAUGGAUUCCUCGACCCUGGAAUUUUGGGCCUAUUACUCAAAUCAAUCCUUGUCUAGGUCACUUGGGGGUCCAUCAUCUUAUUGACUUUAGGAAGGGCUGCUGGGAUGAGCAUUUUAUGCGUCAAAUUCUUCUCCCCGUUGAUGUCAAAGCGAUUCUAGAAAUCCCCCUUGGUGACGUGAGAGCUAGGGACUCUAGACGUCGGUAUUUUGAGCCUAAAGGGAUCUACACAGUUAAAAGUGGUUAUAGGGUCCUUGAGGAGUGGAACCAAUUUCAUAAAAAUGAUGCAAGCUCAAGCUCUCGUACAUCCAUGGGAAUCUGGAAUGCUAUUUGGGGGGCAAGGGUUCCUCCAAAGAUUAAAACCUUUAUGUGGAGGUUAUGUAAUGACUAUAUACCAACUUUUGAGAACUUAAAGAGACGGGGAAUUCCAGUUCAACAUGAGUGCUUGUUGUGUGGCAGGGAUCGGGAGUCAGCUUUUCAUUUGUUCAUUUUGUGUCCUUGGGUUCAUCAAGCAUAUUUCAAAGCUGGCCUCCCUCAUACUCAUGAAUACCAUCCUAGAUCUUCUGUGAUGCUUUGGGUAGAUGGCCUAGUCCAUAAUAUGAACACGAAAACUUUAUCUCGAAUGCUUGUUUUCCUUUGGCAGCUGUGGAAUGUGCGAAAUAGUGUUCUUCACAGAGGUAUAGUGUGUACCCAUGAAGGAGUUGGAGUGCAAGUUGACCAGUUAUUGCAUGAAUUUAAGGUUGUACAAGAGUCUGAUUUUCGAGGGCCAGCUUUAGGAAGCGACAAUUUCCCCCACCGCGAGUUAUCAAGAUCAAUUAUGAUGCAGCGUUGA